AUGGCACAUACGGCGCUGAAUGACGACGAAAUUAAAGAAUACUUUGAUACUCCAGAUGAAUUGCAAAAGAAAAUCAAAACUUUAGCACAAUUUAUUCGUGAUUCGAAACAUUUUGUUGUUUACACCGGUGCAGGCAUAUCAACAUCUGCCGGUAUCAAUGAUUUUCGUGGACCAACGGGUGUUUGGACAGCACAAGCUCGAGGUAUCGUUUUACCACGACCAACCGUUCAAAAUCCUGAACCAACAUUGACACAUAUGGCAUAUGUGGAAUUGAUGAAGCGAAACAUUUUGAAGUUUUUGGUUUCGCAAAACUGCGACGGUCUUCAUCUGAAAAGUGGAAUCGCACCCGAUAAAAUUGCUGAGCUGCACGGAAAUUCAAAUUGCGAGGCUUGUGCAAAAUGUGGCAAGAUCUAUUAUAGACAAAAGCAUGUCAGUGGCUAUGAACAUCGAACGUGGUUGACAGGAAAUAAAUGUACAGUUCCGGAUUGUGAUGGCCGUUUACGUUGCACAACGGUCGCUUUUACACAAUCAAUGCCUGAUGUUUGUUUGAACAAAGCAAUCCAUGAAUCACAAAUAUGCGAUUUGAGUUUAUGUAUGGGAACAUCCAUGCGAGUCUCACCAGCGUGUACACUUCCGUGCAUGAAUCUACAAGGCGGACAAAAGAUGGUUAUUGUCAAUUUACAGAAGACACCGUAUGAUAGUCGGUGUGCGUUGAGAAUAUUCGCACGUUGUGAUGAAGUGAUGAGUAUGGUAAUGAAAGAAUUGAAUUUAACCAUUCCACCGUAUGUGGAUUUGAAAUUGUGGUCGGAUGAGCAGUGGAUGAAGGAUUUUGAGAAAAAUUGGCCUUUUCGAACUGCCGGUGAUAAAGAUUGGUUCUCUGGUGAGAUUUAA